GAUCACAUAUUCAGUUUCAGGAACCCAGAAAAGAGGACUCAUCUUUACCUCGAAAAAGGGUUCCUGAUGAUCCUUGGCUACACUUUUCUCCUGGCAAAAUUAAUUUUCUGAUUUUGAUCAUUUUGUUAGAUUCUUCUCUGCUUUUCUUUUUCCUGGGUUUCGUAUUUUUUAGCUCGAUUAUGGAUGGUAGAGAUAAAGCUCGCGAAGAACAACAUGGGUCUCUCCAAGAUGUUAAUUCUCCACUGCAAAGGGAUGUAGAUUCUACUGAGAUUGCAGAAGAAGAGCUAUCACCGGGCCGAGACCUGUGGAGGCGAGGCAUUGUGUUAGAUUUAUCAUCAAGAACACCAGAAGAUACAGGAGAUGAGGAUCUGUUGAGACGAAAUGCAACCCUAACAUCAAGCCCUGUUGCCAAAAAAGUCAACUUUUCUCCAAUGUCCAGCCCUAGAUUCGGGCAACGUGGUGCAUCCCUGAGUCCUUCCUCGUCCUCUUCAAGAAACAGCCUGAAGAAUCUAAUCCCAAAGUUAAGCUUCAAAAACCGGAGCAGCAAUAACAAUAACGUGGAUAUCGAGAAAGGUGGUGAUUUGGUCUUUGCGUCCUCUCCUUCUUCAGGAAAUUGCAGGGACAGGUCCACAUGGACUCUCACUAAUAUUUUAACUCCAAGGUUGAAGAAAACUGAGUCCUUGCCGGUAACCCCUAUAGCUCACUCAAAUCCUGAGUCCAUGCACGGGAGAUAUGUGCUUGAUCCAGUUACUACCAUGAAAAAAGGGCCUCCACUGCCUAUUCACCGUUCACGUUCUGUCCCGGCAUUCAACAAAGAUGGAAGUCUAAGGCAAUCUGGUGUUUUCCGGGUGAUUCCUACUCCGAACAUGACGCCAACCAGAAAUAUUAUUAAACUUAAUGACACGAAUGUUGAUGGCGGAGAAGAUGUUCCUGAAGAAGAAGCUGUGUGCAGAAUCUGCCUGGUCGAAUUGGGAGAAGAUUCAGAAGCCUUCAAGAUGGAAUGUAUGUGUAGAGGUGAAUUAGCUCUUGCCCACAAAGAAUGUACAAUCAAAUGGUUCACCAUUAAAGGAAACCGAACAUGUGAUGUGUGCAAGCAAGAGGUUCAAAAUCUCCCUGUGACCCUUCUUCGCAUGCAGAACUCGCAGGGUAAUGGGGCUGCGGAUACGGAGUCUUCUCACUACAGCGUAUGGCAAGAUGUUCCAAUUCUUGUCAUUGUAAGCAUGCUUGCAUACUUCUGUUUCCUCGAGCAGCUUCUGCUUACGAAAAUGAAAUCCGGCGCCAUCGCAAUAUCUUUACCAUUCUCUUGCGUUCUUGGUCUUCUUGCCUCCAUGACGUCGACAACAAUGGUGAAAAAGCAAUAUGUCUGGAUUUACGCCACAGUUCAGUUCGGUCUUGUAGUUGUUUUCGCUCACUUUUUCUUUUCAUUGGUUCGUAUGCAGCCGGUUGUGUCCAUUCUCUUAGCCACAUUGGUAGGGUUCGGACUGACCAUGAGCGGCACAACGGGUCUAGUCGAGUUUUCAAAAUGGAGGAGAAGGCAUAGGACACCUGAACCUCCAAGCAGUAGUCAGGUGGAUCCACCACUACCAGUUCAGACAGCAGAUCAAAGCAUGCCUGGAUCAUGAAACUGAAGGCAGAGCUUCUGAAUGCUGAUUAUAUGUUCCAGUAGCAAUGUGUGGUAACAAAUCAAACCAUUUCAGACCGAGUUUACGGGAUAUCUGGAUGGAGGGAGAUCCAUCUAUUUAGAGACGUUAAAAUAGAUUGGUCAUGUGGAUUUAGUUAUGAGCAUAAAGGUUUCUGUGUUUUUGUUUGUGAAUGUGAGAGUGUAUUAUUAGUGUUCUAGAAGGGCUAUUUUUUUCGUCCUACUUGAUUGUACAAAAAUAAGUAAAAAGGAAUUUUUGCUGCAGCUCUUGAAAUUCCAAGAAUCUUGUACUAAUCCUUGGGUUGUAUAUGACACUUUCUAGUGAUUUUUU